AGUUCAAUAUAUUGUUCAAACGAACAAUAGUGGACAACAUUCAGCACGGCUGCAGCCGUCUGUGCAGCAUCAUUCUGGAGCACGGGGAGCAGGACGAGGUUGUAAGAUUCUCUGCCAUGGCUUCUGAGGAUGGUGUGCUUGGCGUCCUCAACUUCAUUGCAGGCCGCUGCAAUGAAUCACUUGAUGCUAUCUUGACAGAGACAGCUGCGGUCCCACUAACUCCAUGCCUCCAGAGGGCAUCUGAUGGCUCCCUCGCGCUACACAUCGAUGCGCAGCGAUUGUUUGUGACAUCGUCACUGCUGGCAGGCCUGGCCUGCCUUUUCGCUUCGUUCUGGGUCUUCCAUGUGGUCUACCCAAAAAAGGCCCACAGGAUUUUGACAUUUAUUGAGCACUGUUUUCUGGAUUUGAGCUACACAAAGCCACGGGUGAAAGCAUUGGAGUUAGUCAAUUUUUACAAGAACUUUUGCUAGGCAAAAAGAUUUUCAGGUACAUUUCUUCGGAAAAGUUUCUGUAAAAAUUAUUUUGCCUAACAAAAGCAGCCGUGGCUUCUGUGGCCGGCAGGUUGCCCAAGCCAUGGUAGCACAGUGCUUGCUUUAGAGGGACACGAAAGAGAAAAUUUAUUCGAGCUUUUUUAAAUAAUUCUUCUACAACAUCGAAAAAACAACUCUUACUGUGAGAAUCGGCUUGAUAAGCCAGACAAGCAAAAACGAAAACUGGUGUCGCCACCACCACCUUAUAAUUCCUGCACCAGCUC